AUGGCGGAUGUUGUAGUGUUUUAUGGCCCACCGUUUGUUGGCAAGACUAAACACUACAUUGAGAAGUAUUCUUCAUACGAGAGAGUCUCGGCACAAGAGACAUUCCAGUAUGACUCAUCAUUAGGUCUUCGUCACAUAAUUCUCCAUAUCGUCAAAUUACUCAGAUCAGGAAAAAAAGUCGUCAUUGAUGAUGAAAAUUGGUCUGACUUGACCCGGAAGUCGUACAUAAAAUCCAUUAGUGAUAAACUUUACAAAAACAUGCAAUUUCCUAUGCAAACACGUCAUCACACAUGUCUUCUUGUUCCAUUAACCAAUGAACACACCAGAGUAUGCGUUGUUGUGUCUGAUAUCAUUGACAGUGAAUACAGAUUUAUAGAGGGAAUUCUGCCAAGAUUCCAAGCUGUCAGUUCAAAUGUGUCAAAUUUUGCCCAAGUGAAAGGCUGCAGGUCUUUUGGGCAAGGGAAUGGGCAUUGGCUGAGAGAACCCUCACAGAUCCAAACUCUACGUCAUCUCCCCGGGCAGUACCAUCUCCAGUCAAUAUGUGCUCAAACUGAUGCAAAGUUUGAGAAAUGGUUUUGUGGGAACAUCAGCUCAUUCCAGGGGCAGUUACCAGUGCCACCACUUGAAGUGGAAGGUUUACAAGUUGAAGAAGUGGAAACUAAUCUAUGUACUACAGUGAAAUACAAGUUUGAGCUUCCAGCACUUUUUGUUCAGUGGGAGGGAAUGUUGGAUUUGAAUGAUGACCACCUGACGAUAGUACACGGUAUCACAUAUACGUUUAACACAUGGUACAAAGCCAAUCCAGGUGGCAGAGUAAUCAUAAUUAAUGACAGAUGCAACAACAAUUUUAUUUCUGAUUCACCAUCUGAGAACAGAAUGAAACAGGUAUUAUCAAAACUAUGUGCUGACUUCCUUGAUUUUCCUGUUUAUUUUUGUUGUGUUGAUGACUCCACAGAGUGUGGAAAUUUUGCAGUUCCACCUCAGCCUGGAUUGGUUGCAUGGUUACAGAGAAUGCAUCAUCUGCAAUUAAACCAUCCUGGGACUUUGUAUUUGACAUUCACAUCCAGACAUAUACAGUGUGCAAUCUCUGCCGGUGUCAAUCACAUGAAAGCCAGAGAUGUUUUUUCACAUCCUAAUAUCAUCACUGCCUCAAACUGUGCCAAUAAAACCUCUGAGCUGGAAAUUCUAAAAACUGCCAAGUUCGCCCCAAAUAUAGAUGUAUCAGAUGAGGUCAUAACUGUUCCUCUUUAUCAGGAUGGCGCCAUGGCAAAGGAGAACUUUUACCAGACACACUGUGAUGGAGGCCGUUGCCAUGGUAUUUGUUUCAAAGAUAAAGACGCUUUACAAAAAUACAAUGAACAGUACUGUAGGUAUGCUACACCUAUCACUGAAGUAGGCAGUAGAUUUGAUUCACUGAGACAGAGAUGUCAGGUACCAGAAAAAACACUGAACAUUACCACCAAGGAAAGUGUCAGGUCAAUACCAAAGUGGUUAUUGCCUAAAAGUAAAGAACAGUGUCAGCUAGGUGCUAAUGCCAUAGAGCAUGAUGGGAUAAGUGAGCUACCCAUGGACCAAGGUAACAGUGCAUCGUCAACCAGUCCAAGAAAGUUAUCACGCAUGUAUUCUCAGCCAAUGACUCUCUAUUGCAUGAAUGAGCUAGAAUUGGUCAAUGCAGCCAGAAUCAUACUACAAGAGAAUGCUAUGACUUCGGAGAAGUCCAGACAAACUGAGCAAGCAGAUCAAAAUGCUCUCAAGAUUGCUAGAGAAGCUCAUCCAGUUGCUCACCAAAAUACAGUAGAUACUAUGAUGAAAGAAAGUGAUGGUCUUGUGAGCAGAGAUAAACCAACCACAACUGAUCUUACAAAAGACAGUGAUGCAGAAAAUAAUCCAAUCGUAACUUGUGUUAGUGCAGCAUACAAACAUAGACCAUCAAAAGAUUGCCAGCUAUUGGACAGUGAAAGCGAGACUGGUGGAAUUGUGAACAAAUCUCAUCGUAGCAGUAAUAUGAAUAUCAUCAUUCCAAACUCUGAGCAAAUUGAAGAGAUGUCUCCAACUACUCCAAAAAAACAGAAAAUGGCAGGACCUGAUCUAUCUUUUCUUGAUGACAUAUUUUAG